CUCAUUCUCCCAUUAGAAACCUUAAUAUUUUUAUUUUGCACAUUGUGAUUUUUGUCUCCAAAGUUGCUCGAGUUUUUACUUCCACCGAAAAAUGGUGUCUUGGAGCAGCUUCGCACGCCCGUUAACGGCAUUAGCACAAUAUCGAAAUAUUUUACAAUCACCAGUGUGCAAGAAUGCCUUGCAGAUUCAGGUACGCAAUGCCGGGCAUGAACACCAUCACUUUACAGUGCAACCUUCCCGUUUCCAGUGGAAUAAAUUCAAGGAUUUACUGCACUUCUAUGUAAUGCUAGGCCUUAUUCCUAUUACAGGAAUUGUGUUAUACACUAACAUUUUCAUUGGUCCGGCCCAAUUAGCGGAAAUUCCAGAAGAUUACGAACCAAAACAUUGGGAAUAUCACAAGCACCCGAUUUCCCGCUUCAUCUCCCGUUAUAUUUAUCCUUCCCCACAGCAGGAAUACGAGAAGUCCUUACACCAUAUUUAUGAGGAAAAUGAAAAGGCUCUUUUGAGAUCUCUUGAGAAAGAAGUAAAGGCCAAGAUGGCUGAGCGCAAUGACUACAAAGCAUACUACUACCGCCCUGCCAUCGCCAAGUACCAUAGAAUUUCGAAAGAGGCUGCCGAUGAAUUGGAAUCGAUAAGGGGCAAAUAAUAACGAAACAAUUUUUCAAGCAGUGUUCUGUAUAAAAAUUAUAGUUUGAAUAAAUACAUAGUAUUGAACUAAAAUGAAAUUGUUUUAUUCAAACGUUUUAAAAGUAUUUAUGCAUUUAAUAGAAAUUUAUAUAAAUUUGUAAACUUAUUAUCGUGAAUAGAAUAUGUAUGUGUGCUAACUUAACUCUAACCCUUACGGCCUAACUGUAUUUGAUUGAUUUUUCAACCCCAGGCUUGAUUUUUGCAAUAAUAAAGGACAAGUUGGCCAUUAGUUCCAUGA